CCCCGUUAAGCUUCCAGUGAUUCCCCAGAGUCCAAUCUGCCAGAUUGCGCGCGACCGACCGCACUUUUCGCACCCCCGAGCGGUCUUGAUCGUCAUCAUCAUCCUUCACACACACACACACACACACACACACACACACACACACACACACACACACACACACACACACACACAAGCACAGCUUCAAUCCCAUCCUCCGCCGUGCUCUCCACGGGAUUCCAGCGCACGGGAGCAUCCAUUGAAUCAGCAUCAAUUCUAGCCAGAAUCCUCUUUGGCUCAAAUCGCUUUGCUAGUAGCAAUUUUAAUUUUGUGUUUUGGCUCGUUUUGGUUGCGUUGUCCCACCGACCAUUCCGACCAAAAGGACACACUGCGACCUGCGCGCAAAAGUCUUCGCCGUUCACGACACCAACAGGAGACCACCCCUUGUGGCCAUCGCCGCCUUCCCCCAAUUCAUCCCACAACUUUUGUAUAGCGGCCCAGCCACCUAUUCUCCCGCGACAUCAUGGCGCAAGUAGCUAGGCACCUUCCGGCCCGUCGCAAUCCUCUGAUGCUCGAGGAUGUGCCGUCCCACACAGAUCUUGCAAGCCGUCGCCGCUUGGGGCAGACUCAACUGACCCCUCGCAUGGUCACUGCUGUUCCGGGCGCUGAGGUUGAUCCGUCGUCUCUCCUGGCGUUCGACUACGCCCACCUCAGAGCCCCUUUGCCCAAGGGUAUCGUCUCGGGCAUCUUCAAGUCCUCUCCUCCCAGCUACUUCCUCAUGCGCCGCAGCCAGGAUGGUUACAUCUCGGCUACCGGCAUGUUCAAGGCCACGUUCCCAUAUGCGUCGCAAGAAGAGGAGGAAGCGGAGCGCAAAUACAUCAAGUCCAUUCCCACCACGAGCUCCGAGGAAACCGCCGGCAAUGUCUGGAUUCCCCCUGAGCAGGCUUUGAUCCUCGCCGAGGAGUAUCAGAUCACCCCCUGGAUCCGAGCCCUUCUCGAUCCCUCAGAUAUCGCCGUCACAGCCACCGACAGCAGUGCGCCCAAGCAGAUUGCUCCUCCUCCCAAGUUCUUCGGAGCUCAGCCUCCUCUUGUUGCUCCCACACCGCCUACGACUCGCAGCACGCGCAGCCGUCCUAGCAGUCGCCGUUCCUCCAGCCCCGCCAAGUCUACAACCACCAGCAAACGCGGCACCACCCCGCGCAACACCAAGCGCACGGUAACCACGGAAGCUUCUGCCACUACAGUCACUACUACCGCCACCGCUACCGCUGUCCCUUCCGCUGAAACUCCCGCCACUAGCUUCGCCGACUCCCAGGCCCCCACGCUCAUCAAUGGCGAGAUUCCUACCUCUACCCCGAUCAACACUGUUCCAGUUACCAAGAUCCAAACUACCGAAGCAGAACUCAAGGUGGAAUCGAUCGAGAAGGAGCCUGUCGUCGUGCUGGAACCUAUUGAGGAGGAGCCCAAGAUCAAGGUGCGAGUCGAUGAAGACGUCAAGCUGGAUAAGGAUGGCGAGGAGGUGAAGCAUACCAAGGUUGAGCUUGAGGUGCCUCUAAUGGCGGGUGAGCCUCCGUCCAAGGAAGAGGCAAGAAAGAUGAUUGAGGAGGCCAAGGCUAUGGUCGAGGCUGCCGUCAAGGCCGAUGCUGAGGCCGCAGCUGCCCUUGUUGAGGCCUCCAAGGCUGGUGCUGAGGAUGAGAAGGCUGAAGACGAGGCCAAGGCCGAGACCGAGGCUACCAAGGAAGAGGAGGCCGAUAGCAAGGGCAAGCGCAAGGCGGAGAAGAUUAGCGUCGAUGAGGAUGAAAAGGCUGCAGAUGAGGCUGAACAACCUCGGCAAGCCAAGAGGGUGAAGACCGAGGCAGAGUUGCGCAAGGAUAGAAUCCGGAAGCGCGCCUACCUCGGCCUCACUGCCACGUUUGCCGUAGGAGCUCUUGGUGCCCUUCUUCCCAUAAUCACACCGUAUGUGGCCAACGUACUAUAAACCCAUGUUGGGACGUAGACACCAAAUUUCUUUGUUCUGUUUAAGCCGAGUCGGCACAUGACGCGAUAUUGAAGGAGACAUGGGGCGCAGGCCGAGUUCGUUCAAGGAGUCUUCUGUGUACUAGGGAUAAUGGUCGUUUUGCUCUUGUAUCUGGUUAACCUUGGGUCAACUCGAACUUUGUGGGUAGCUUCGGUGUGCAGCAUGGUUGGACACCCGGACUCGGACGGAAAUAGGAUUUUCUUGAAUUCAAGGUUGGUUUCAUUUUCGGUUUGUUUUACGUUGCACAUACCCCCAACUUCGGCGUCUGUCGCCUGUCAAUCAACGAUUGAGAGCUCAUGGCAUGAAGGGCCAUGGCUUUGAAUGGAGGUGGACCGGUCGUUUGGAUGGAAUCUGGUUCUCAUGUAGGAACAACAUAGGUAUAUACAAUCUUUGAACACAAGGGCAGGCGGCGUGCUACUCAAAAUCUCGCUGAGAUGGGUUACGAAAGUUUAAACAGCGGAGAAGACUUUCAAGUUCGUGUCGGGCUGGGAAGCUCCUUUUGUAGAUAGUAGAGCCUAUUCUAGUUGACCGUGUUUAUGUAGGGAACAAAGCAGAUCUUUCGGCAAGGGAUUUUCCAGUGUUUGUCUUCGGUGUCGAAUAUUCUUUGUCAUGCAAGUCU